CAAGCAGGCUGCUCAGAGCGAUCGCGAUGAUAGUACAUGACUUAUACGAACAGACCCAGAGGUUUGUCUACGAACUAAUUUGUUGACACCGAGGUCGACAAAGAGAAAGAUCAAGAUGACCACCUAGCGGAUCCUGCUUUCUUGAACCUCGCGGCCGAGGACUGGGACCAUGUCGAUCGCACCAGACGACCAGGACCGGCGCCGACACGGCCGAGGGGCAACCAGCCCGCACAAGAACCUCCCUAGUACGCGCAAAACUGCUGCUCACGUAGUACUGGCACCUCGUCUACUGCUGCUCACAUUCUCGCUCGUUUGUGUUGCCACCCUGCACGUCGUGCCUCAGUUUUUCCGCUUUCGCAGCGCGCAGCGGCCGUUCCAGAAUUUGCAGCGCGCGGCGCGGCGCAUCCAGCUCGAGAUCGUGGCACUGACCACCUACGACUGCAACACGAGGCGCGACUGCCCCCCCGCAGUGCUCGCGCGCGAGGAGGAGCGAAGAAGAAGGGUGCUAGCAGCACGAGAUGCGGUGCCGAUGAUCUUUCGCUUCACGGCCCUGGACGCGCCCCAGGCGCGGCGCUGGUUUGCGCGGCAAAUGGAAGUGGAGAAGUGGGACCGGUUGCGCACGAGGCGAGAUUUGCUUACCGUAAUUGACUACGCGUUUCGGAGUCGGCUGGUGCAAGGGGGGCUGGGCGCCGCGCGCGAGGCCAAGGUCCCGCUCAUGUACCCGGAAAAGCCCGUCGGAGGGACUCUGGAGCUUGCCCUUCUGCCGCCGCCGCCCUCCCCGGAUCCGGGGCGGGAAAGGCCGUUGAAGACAGUUUCGCGGUGGACGAAGAAGAUGCCGGGCGGGGGGACCGAAGGUAGUCGGAGUUCUUGCAAUUCCGACAUCGAGGACCCCUGGGCGUGGUACGAGAACUGCCCAAAUCCGUGGCCGGGGAACAUGGUUGUGGACGCCGUCUUCGAGUCGCUCGCGCCGGCAGAUGCAAGAGUGCCGAUACCUUUAGUGCCCGCAUCAACAUCUACUCCGCCAGCAUCAACAUCUCCCGCUGCCGUUGCUACUGGUACUACCGAUAGUACUGCUAGUGCAGCGCCGUGUGCGGUUUUCAGUAUCGGCAUCGCGUACCACUUCGAGUUCGACGACCACUUUCUGCAGCGGUCCCCCUGCGCGGUGUACUCGUUCGAUCCCAGCAUGCAGCGGUACCACAACGAGCAUGAAAACCCUCCGAAGGAGAUCAACUACCAGCGCGGCCCGCGGCACGCCUUCAGCCCCACCGCGUUGGGGAAGGCGGACGGCCGGCACGACGCGAGCAAACAUUCGACAUAUCCAAGAAAAGAACUGUGUAAGUGUAACUUUUUUGCAGGAACAGCAUCACAGAUUUGUUUUGCAUGACAAAAAACCUGUCAUGCGUAGCUACUACGCGAAAACACGUAUUAAAAUAGCCUCUGAUGCAUAUCCGGCAUGACAAGUGUAACUGUAUUGCAACAUCUGCAAGACAAAGUUACACUCACACAGUUUUUUUCUUGCAUACGACACUGUAUGGGAACAUCAAAGAGUACGACGUGAAGACCCUCGCCACGUUCAUGAAGGAGCGGAAGAUCGAAACCCUGGACGUGCUUCGGAUAGACGUGGAGGGGGCAGAGUGGGAGAUGAUGGAUCAGCUACUGGACAUGCUGCCCAGGAUCCGGAGUUUCUCGGCGGAGUUCCACUUCCCGAUGGGGGUGCGCAACAUCGAGAAAAUGUUCGCGCUUCUAUGCAAGAGUAGAACGAUAAGUAGUACAUCAGCUGGUCGUGCCAGUAGCGGGGGCGGCGCGAGCGGCGGUGGCGAGGGCGGAGAAGAUGCUGGGGAUGGCAACGUACCAGGGUGCUUCAACGUCGCGACCUGGCGCUAUGCGUGGUGCCCGGUGGAACCCUGCCUCGAGAUCACAGCGGGUAGAGUGGAAGACGUGCAUUCGUCUGGGAAGGGGGCGCAUGGAUGAUAAUGGAUCGAUGGAUUGGCGUUGAUUUGUACGAGCCCGGGGAGUAAAGUGCGUCAAGAGGACGAACAGCUCGAAAGUGAUACUAGCCUCUACAUACCGAUAAC